AUGUCGAAACCGGAAUCAUCGAAAAAAGACCAACAACCCGUAGACAGGAGAAAAUUUCAACUGGAACCAGUGAUAGUAGCACCGUGGAGAGCUCUACCUCCCGGCUACAUAGAAAACAACGGUCCCUGUAAGAAUUUAGAGAAACUCACCGAGAGCGGUACCACAAUUAUCCCGAGCAAGUACCAAGUCAAGGAACCGCCGCCGAUAACGCCUUGGAAGGACGCCGUCGAAGAUCAGAAGGAAAAGUUCAGGGAAUGCCAAACUAGGGGUAAACCGGAGGUGGAUGGUGUCGUUAUGGUACCGACCAAAUACAAAAUUAAGGAUCCACCUCCUAUUACUCCGUGGAAAGAGGUGGUAGAAGAUCAAAAAGAAAAAUACAGGCAAUGUCAAGGCAGGAUAAUAGAUAGAAGUAAAGAUGGAAGAGUAGUUACACCCACAAAAUACAAGAAAAGUUGUUGA